AAAUAUACAUUUAUUGCAUUUUAGAUUGUUUAUGAUGAGAGAGGUGAUGGGAGGAAGGAUUCCAGAGGGAGGGAGAGGUUUAUUGCAUCCUAAUAAUCAUCCUAAACCUACACAAGAGGGAGGGAGAGAGUCAAAACCCGUAAACCCUCAUCCUAAACCUCUUCUUGUUUCUAGACCCAGAAUAAAACCUGUUCCUAAAACUCAAAUAAAAACUUACGCAAGUUCUGCGUACAAACCUAAAGUAAACACGUCAGUAAACCAGACCACCAGGAGAAGGGUACAGGAGAAAACCUGGAGUUUCCAGGUUGACAAGAACGGAGUUGUUCAAGAGAUAAAAAGUUCUUCUAAAAAGCCUGCUUGGAAUCCUGGAGGAGUUAUAAAUGUUGGAUUAGAUAAGAAAGAAGAGAAGAAAUCUUCAAACAAUCCAUUCUGCUCAGUCUGUGAUCAAAACGCAUUGGAUAAAUAUCUUGAGCAGUUCAGCUCUCAGGGGGAGAAGAAGACCUACCCAGUCAACAUGAGCACUUGGAGAAACGUCUUGAACCUGGCAGGGACGGAUUCGAAGGAGAAGUUCCAGGACGAGGAUACGGGAGGACGAGGACAAGAUGAGCUCAAGGACGAGUUUAGUUCUGUAGAAACUAGGUUUAGGGAUAAAAUUAUCGACGAUUUAGCACAGCUUUAUUACAGUGAAAAAGAAUAUUCGGCCGCUGUAAAAGCAAUACACGCCAAGAAAAGACCAGAAAAUGAAGGAAGGUUCAAGGAAAAGCGUAACAAGAGAGAAAGAGUCAAGGAAAGGCUUGACAAUGGUGAAAGAGUCAAGGAAAGGCAAGAUAGAAUCGAGGAUGGGUUCAGCCUGGAGAAUCUAGCGCUUAAACCUCAACUAGGGUAUAACUCUUCUAUGGGCGGAGGAAGCAAAAAUCAAAUGAAUGAAAUGCUCGAGAAGAAAGAAAUAAGGUCGGAGAAAAAUGAAAUCUCCGGGACGGAGAAGAGAAGUUUGGUUGGGUCGGAUUCCAAAACACACAAACAUCAGUCCUCAGAUGAUGAUACGCUAAAUGGAUUAGAUGAUGUAAUCAGUAUCUCCUCUGGGCAUACCGGAAAGCAAGAUUCAAGAACCAGGUCGCAUAGAGCAGAUUUCUCCGGGUCGGAGCAGAGCAGAAGAAAUCAGGGAGGAAAUCUUCCACAGUCAUCACCGCUUAACGGAGACAGAAAAAGUUCCCGAGAAGAAAUCAAACAGGAGUUUAAUGAAUUAUUUCAACAAAAACAAAAUAUAAAACAGUUGGAAAAAGAAAGAAGAAAAGAGAGGAAAGAAGAAGAAAGAAGUGAAAAGGAGAGGAAACCAGUUUAUCAAAACAGAUGGACCCAGUAUGAAGAAAAUCAGGAUUGUGAUAAUCUUCAUUUUGACUUAGACAAGAUCCCAGUUCGUGAAGUUAGUAUAAGUGAUAAACAAGUACAAACUAGCCGAAGAGAAGAUAAGAAGGAACUGAAACAGGAACAGGAACAGGAAAAGGAACGGGAACAGGAACAGGAUACAUUUGCAGAUAUCAUUAUACAAGAACUCAGGACUGAGAUCCGAGAGUUAAAGGACAACGUUCUGCUCCGGGAGCAAAGGAUGCUUGAGACCUCAGGACGGAUGGAGCAGAUUGCCAGGGAGAAUGCAACUCUUAGUAGAGACCUAGAGCUAAUCAUCAGUACUACAAGAAAUCAAGCUGAACAAAUGGAUAGAGAGUUUAGAAGAAAGGAGGAGAAGAUGAAAGAGAAUAUGGAAAGGUUGAGACGAGAACAGAAGGAGUUGGAAAUGAAGUCUAGUCCUACAAAACCCGGGCAAAAUACAGAUGUUGAGAUAUUAAGCCUUGAACUAGAGAAAAUGAAGAGAAGAUUGGCACAGGGAGAAGAAACAAAUAAAACUUUAGGAAAAAAUAUUCAAGAUAAAUCAUUAAAAAUGAAGGCACUAUUUUCUUACAUACGGUCCAGUAUUUUCUUACAUACGGUCCAGUAUUUUCUUAAAUACGGUCCAGUAUUUUCUUACAUACGGUCCAGUAUUUUCUUACAUACGGUCCAGUAUUUUCUUACAUACGGUCCAGUAUUUUCUNUAUGA